CAACAAUCCAGUUGGCUAUCGCGACAUCUUCCAAAAGAAUCCAAGCUAGAGUUUUCUGAGAUCUUUCCAUCUACCCCUCACGCCGUCGUCGCAGUCGCGAGAGAACAUUACGCAAUGACGAUAACAACAUCGUCUUCCAUGUUAAUAAUUGGCGCAGGCACUUGGGGCUGUUCAACUGCCCUUCACCUGGCUCGCAGGGGCUACACCAAUGUGACUGUUCUGGAUCCCUACCCUGUGCCAUCCGCCAUCUCCGCCGGAAACGAUGUCAACAAGAUCAUCUCGUCCGGGCAAUACAGCAACAGGAAGGACGAGAUUGAGGUGAACGAGCUCCUGGGAGAACAGGCGUUCCAGGGCUGGAAGAACGACCCUCUCUUCCAACCGUAUUAUCAUGAUGUCGGUCUCCUCAUGUCGGCUUCUACUCCAGCUGGUCUGGACCGCCUUGGUGUCCGAGUGAGGCCCGAAGAGGACCCGAAUCUGGUUGAGAUGUCACGUCCUGAGCAAUUUCGUGACCUGGCACCGGCUGUUCUAAAGGGUGACUUCCCGGGUUGGAAAGGAUACUUCCUGCGCUCCGGUGCGGGUUGGGCCCAUGCUCGAAAUGCGCUCGUUGCUGCCGCACGAGAAGCGCAGAGGCUCGGGGUCAAGUUCGUGGCUGGGUCGCCGGCUGGUAAGGUUAUCACGCUGAUUUUCGAAAACGACGACGUCAGGGGAGCAGUUACAGAGGACGGCAAAAUCUGGCACGCGGAUCAGACAAUACUGUGCGCCGGGGCAAAUGCAGGCCAAUUUUUGGAUUUCAAGGAUCAGUUGCGUCCAACGGCAUGGACAUUGGUUCACAUUACUUUGGAUCCCGAAGAACGGAAGCUGUAUAAGGACAUUCCUGUCAUCUUCAAUAUCGAGAAAGGCUUUUUCUUUGAGCCGGACGAGGAGCGAGGCGAAAUCAAGAUCUGCGACGAGCAUCCGGGAUACACGAACAUGGUCCGUUCAUCAGAUGGAAGCGUACAGGGCCUUCCCUUCGAGAAAACGCAGGUUCCUUUGGAAUCCGAGGCCAGAGUCCGGGCCCUUCUUCGAGAGACGGUACCCCAGUUGGCCGACCGUCCAUUCAGUUUCGCCAGAAUCUGUUGGUGUGCCGACACCGCAAACCGCGAGUUUAUUAUCGACCGCCACCCUCAACAUCAAUCACUCAUCCUGGGUUGCGGUGCUUCAGGAAGAGGCUACAAAUAUCUCCCGUCGAUCGGAGGUCUGAUUGUCGAUGCCAUGGAGGGGAAGGUUCCCCCAAAGGUCCACGAGUUAAUCAAGUGGAGCCCAGAGGUUGCUUCGAACAGAAACUGGAACGAUACCCUAGGCCGGUUUGGGGGACCUAACAGGGUGAUGGACUUCCAAGAGGUCAAGGAGUGGACAAAGGUGCCGCAUCGGGAUAUAUCCAAGUUGUAG